CAAAUUCAAGCCGCCGCCGCAAAACCGUUCGAGUCGCGUAAAAUCGCGAAAACCAGUGAACGAAAACAUCGGAAAAGACCGCUAAGAAGGAUUCGGAUUUAUUUCAGUUAUUACGACGGUAAUUUCGGAAAAGUAAACUUAUUUUUGGUUUUGUGCAUACGGAUAACCGAACGCCGGAAUAGUGGACACGAGUGCCCGCUAGAAUACGGCCAAAGAAGUCGCUUAUUCUACACCCGUCGGUUGGUGCUUUGUUUUGCUUCGUCCCGUUACUCAGGUAGAUGACCGGCGGUGUCGGUUAAUGACAAAGAAAUCUUAUCCUUCGUCAUACAAUCGUUAGUGCUUGCGUAGAACAUUAGGGAACGAUGAAAUCCCCGCUACCGGUACCGGAGUUCCUAGAGGAGAACAACCUGUCGUUGUCCUUCAAGCAGCCACAUCGGAAAAAUCGAUCCCUCCGGCCGCCGAAACCUCCGAAGCUGUAUCCGAAGUUUGACGCCAGCUUCAAUCGGAGCCUGAACGGUUCCUCGGUGGCCCAUGCAGUAUCGUUCCGCAGCAACCGGUCGGAGCUGAGCAAGUUGUACGAGCCGAGCAAGCGGGAAUCGUACUACGAGCAGUGUUUUGAACAGAUUGCCAAAGUGGGGGAGGGCUCGUUUGGGGAAGUGUUCAAGGUCAAAAGCAAACUCGACGGGUGUUUGUACGCGGUGAAGAAAAGCAAGGAGUUUUUCCGCGGCGAGAAUUACCGGCAGGAACGGCUAGAGGAAGUGCGACGGUACGAGCAGUUUAGUGAGCAUGAAAAUUGCGUCAAGCUGUACCAGGCUUGGGAGCAGGAGGACAGGCUUUUUAUGCAGAUGGAGCUCUGCAAGGGUAGCCUGGAGGAUUAUGCUAGGGAGCAGCGAUUCAUCCCGGAGGACAAGAUUUGGUCUAUAAUGCUGGAUCUUCUACUGGGUUUGAAAAGUUUGCAUGACCGCAAUUUGAUCCAUUUGGACAUCAAGUUGGACAACAUUCUUAUAACGGACGACGGAGUUUGCAAGCUGGCUGAUUUUGGCCUGGUAUUCGACUUGAGUAGCCGAAAUUUUAACCACGCCACCGAAGGCGAUUCCCGCUACAUUGCUCCGGAGCUGAUGGAAGGUCGAUAUACCAAAGCGGUGGAUAUUUUUAGUUUGGGUAUUGCUAUUUUGGAGCUAUCCAGCAAUUUGGAACUGCCCUCCAAUGGACCUUUGUGGCAAAAUCUGCGAAGUGGAUCCCUUCCAGGGGAAUUAUUGUGUAGGCUGUCACAAGAGCUACAAGAUGUGAUCCGAUGGAUGAUGAACCCAGUGCCAGAUUGUCGUCCUUCCGUUAAUGCCCUGCUGCGAUUGCCCCGAUUGGCAGGAUUGUAUCGGGAGCGGAAGCGAUGGCGCGUGCUUCGUGGUAUGAAAGCCUACAUGCAUCGGAAAUUGUGCAAUCUGAAGUGCUUCCUGGCGAGUUUGGUUCUCUCGAUAGCUAGCUGUUUGCGGUUGAAGCAUGGAAAACCGAUCCUUCCGGAAGCGAACCGCCGGAAAAGACGUUCCAACACCUACAGGGAUAGUCUUAAUCGGACCUAUUGCAAUGGGGUCAAUGCCAGCAAUGUGCGGACAUGCCUGAUGAAGGACUUUGACGACGAACUGGAUGAUGAGGAUCUGCUGUUUACUGGCGAGCUGGAUUUGACAGGAGGCAGCACGGGGACGGAGGGUGUGCAAAUAACGCCCACCCUGAACAACGACAUUCCGAGGCAUACGCCCCCGGUGAGGAUGAUGAAUUCCACUCCGCUGAACCACAACCACGUUGGGCUGAGGCUCAGUUUCCGCAAUAAUCACGUCGACAAUCCCGCCAGGAAUGCAAGCUACGACUCGGCCGACGAAGAUCUACUGCUCCCACUGGACCACAGCAACUGCAGCAACCGGACCGAGGAUUCCCUGCACCAUUCGCGGCAUUCAUUGCUGCAUAACACGACCAGCCCCAUCAACGAUUCGUCCUUCCUAACCAAGAAGAAACUGUGCUUCAAAUCGGACGACUCGGAUUGAUGGCCGCUCGGAUUGGGUGUUCCUUGCACCCCCGUCAUUUAUUGGGACUGUUAUGCGCCAUUUCCCAAUGAAAACUGAAUUGUCUGGUCACAAUGUUCAUAGUUCUUCCAUUUCGGGCCGCGGAAACCGAAAGUGAUCUCAAUUUUUUUGUGCAUCUGGAUACUGAAAAAGAAUUUCUUAGUUUAUUAAUAAGUACGUACUUUUUGUUUUGAAUGCUUGAAAACUAGUAGUGUUUCGCGGUACACUACGUAACAACGGAUACGGGAUGAUCUAGAUUGUGGUGAUCUAAAAUUAGCUUUUAUACAUAACUCUAGCUAGGAUCGUAUACUAAACGAGUAGUAACCAACUAUAUUAACGGUAGAGAACUGUUGCUGAUUAUGUGAUAUACAGGGAAGCCUAUGAAAUAGAUAAACUUAGUGGAGAAUUCCGAUGAUUUUUAAAACCGUGUUUAGGCAUUUUCAUUGUUGUGAAUUUAUGAAAUUAGGAAUUCGGGUUUUAUAGUGUUUGAGCGAUGUUGCGUCAAUGUAAACAAGUUUUACAUUAAAUACCUAAGCUUCUUUCUUUCGCAUUAAGUGUUGAUUAUACGAGAUAUAUGAUAUCGUGCAGUAGUGGCUAAUAUUUUGUGGGAAAUAUAUUUUACAUACGAUUUAUAACAGAUAAUAACGCAAUGAAUCGGAUGCUUAUAACAAAUUAAAACUCAA